AUGGUGAUAGUCAAAAACUUAAAAACUUGUUUUCUUGUAUGGGUAUUUGUUGUUUCUUUGUCUAGUGCUUCAUCUUCUUCAAAUUUUCAAGAUAACAAAAAUGUCUAUUUCUUUUACACUCCAUAUCCAAACGUUGGCUCAUCUCCUCCACCAGUUGUUUCCUACCAAAAUCCAUCUCCGGUUCAACCAAAUAGUCCUCCACCCGUAGUUUCUUAUCCUACUCCACCUCCUGUUCAAGCAAUUAAUCCACCCUCAGUUUCAAGCCCACCGCCAGCUCAUGCAAAUAAUAAUCCACCCCCAGUUUCGUAUGGAAGUCCACCACCGGUCGAGGCGAAUAAUCCACCUCCAUCUGGGGGCGGCAUACCACCGGUUCAACAUACUCCAACUCACCAUCACCAUCAUCACCAUCAUCAUCACCAUACAAAACAACCACCUGUUACUAACUGCGAAAUACCACCACCGGCUACCGGUUAUAACAACCCCCCUACCACUCCACCUUCUAAUGGAGAUCAUCAUAAUCCACCAAAUAGCGGCGGUGGUAGUGGUACUCCUACCACACCUACACCGAUACCUACACCUACAGAACAACCUGUGGUCAAACCACCAUCCCCCACCGAAUAUCACACCCCUUCGGUACCGCCACCAAAAAGUGGUUGCAAUUGCGGAAAUCCACCAAAUUCCAAUCCCAUUCCACCGGUAGUUGCACCAUCUCCAGUCGAGCAUCACAAUCCAUCACCAACACCACGUACCGGAUAUCACUAUUAUCCCCCACCUUCCACCACCACCCCACCAUCCACCUCCCCUUCCACCACUCCGUCCAACAACCCACCGUCCACCACUCCAUCCAACAACCCACCACCCACCACUCCUUACACAAACCCACCAUCCACUACUCCUUCCAACAAUCCACCAUCUACCACCCCACCAUCCACCGCUCCUUCCACCACUCCGUCCAACAACCCACCGUCCACCACUCCAUCCAACAACCCACCACCCGCCACUCCUUACACCAACCCACCAUCCACUACUCCCUCCAACAAUCCACCAUCUACCACCCCACCAUCCACCGCUCCUUCCACCACUCCGUCCAACAAUCCACCGUCUACCACUACUCCCUCUACCAACCCACCAUCCACCACUCCCUACACCAACCCUACUACUCCUUCCACCAAUCCACCAUCUUCCAGCCCACCCUCCACCACUCCCGACAUUGACCCGCCGUCAUCCACACCUCCAAAGCCGAAAACUCCGUCUAAUGAUCCCAGUAACACACCAUCAUUCCCUAAUAUACCCUUCAUUGGUGGCACUUGCAAUUUUUGGAAGACACACCCACACUUGAUCUCGGAUCUAUUCCGAUGGUGGCGUACCACAGUCAGCCGAGGCAUGGGAGGCCUAGGCACCAUUCCCGGAUUCGGGUCGACCAUGGGCUUCCAAAGAGCACUAUCAAACGAGAGAACCGAUGGUAUUGGUGCGCUUUAUCGUGAAGGAACCGCUGCUUUGCUAAACUCAAUGGUCAGCAAGAACUUCCCUUUCACAUCGAGUCAUGUUAGAGACAGUUUCGUGGCUGCACUCUCCUCAAACGAGAUGGCCGCGGCACAAGCUGAGGUUUUCAAACUAGCCAAUGAGGGUCACCUUAAGCCAAGAGUCUAAUUUAUGCAAGUUCCGUGCAUUUCUUUUAUAUUUUGUUAAGUUCUCUUCUAUAUAUAUAUAUAUUAGUUGUUUUAGUUGGACUUUAUUAGAAGCUAUACAUUAUGAUGUUCGAUCUAAUCAAACCAUGUUUUUACAUGGAUUAUAUUAUUAUUGGAAGUUUUGGAAGUUACUUAAUUAAUGAAGUACUGAAUUAAGUUUA